GUAGCGAGAGCAUGACCCCGGGAGACUGGGCAGGUGGCUGGGGCAGUGUGGGAAUUCCCAGGCAGCUGCGUAGUCACCAGGAUGGAAUGUGUGGGCAAACCCCAGAGAGCAGGGCUGAAACCCUCCCAGAUACCCAAAGGGGAGGGGAGACUGUCAAACUCUGAGAUUGGGUGGGAGUGUGUUUCUCCAUUUCCAUCAAGGACCUGGUUCAGGGAGAGUGGGCGGGGCUCAGAUGGGCCCGUGUGCCCCUCCUUUCUGAAAAGGGUGAUGACGUGGAGGUGGUUUCAGGGUUGGGGACCAGGAAACAGGUCCCAGAGCCCCACCUCACAAGGAGGAGGAUAAGUUCAGACCUCUGUGGGAAACCAACCUCUAUGAUCCAAGGGGUCUCAGAGCCCCCAGCUGCCUAGCCCCACUGCCCGAAAUGUCUCCCCUCUCUCCCACCCUGGCUGAGGGCUCAGAUCGAACCUGGAAGCUCCCUGCACUCCCACAGAGGGGCCUGCACAGUCUCUACCAGGGGCCCGCACUUCUGGGGGUUCUACCUGUGGACGGGACUCAAGGGGCUGUUUCUACAGCAAAGUGGGAGCCAGAGGAGGACGUGUGCAAGUUCCCUGCCCCUCGCUCUGUGUGAACCUGUGGCCCAGUUGGCUGGGUGGGUCUGGGUGUGUGAGGGUCACCGGCAUAACCCCAAUUCCUGCACCCUCCCCACAGCGACGUCCCCCAUGAGAUGGCCAUGCGGCUGGCCUUCAUCGGGGACGAGAUGGAAGUGAGGUGGAUGCUGCCCCGCGUUGCUGAGCUGCCCUGGAUGGCCAUGUACAGCUUGGCAACCACCUACAACCAGACAGGCCUGAGGGGUGUUCUGAGAAGCUUUAUGGAUGGCCUCACUAACCUCAGGGGGAACAGAAGGUUCUGGAGCUUCCUGACUUACAGGGACAGGGUGUCCCUGAACGGGGGACGCAAGCUGUCCGCGCUGCUGCUGCUGCUGCUGCUGCUGGACUGGAGCCGGCAUUUCCUCCAGUGACGCUGCUGGCAGUGCGGGGCGGGGCUGGCCCCCUCCCCCUGGACCACCACCCUGGAGGUGGCCUUCGUUGGUUUUGUUGUCUUUUUAACUGUUUUCUAUGAUUCCUUUUUUAUAUUUAAACUCGUGAGUGCUGGGACACUCGCGCGAGGCUUCAUACUUGUUUUUUUCUUUUUUUUUUGUAAGACAGAUGAAUUCAUUAUUCCUCUGGGGUCUCGCUGGUUAACUGCUCUCCGGCCCCAGCCCACUCUGCGUGGCCGUCCUCCAGUGGGUUGGUCCAGUAGCGGGCAACGGGGGGAGUGCUGGUCACACCCCUGGGGUUGUGAUGCCCAUGGCAAAGAGAAAAUCUGCUGGGGUAGAUUUCUGAGGGGUGAGGAGAGCUCAAUAAAAUGUUGGUUUCCAG